GAUUUUUAAUUCCUUCCCCAUAUUAGUUACUGCUCUCCAGACAGUUUGCCUCUCAGAAUCACUUCUCGUUAGCCUCACGGACGACCCAACUAAGCUUCGCCGGGAAACCGGCCCUCCAUUGGUUUCGAAUCAUUUUCCGGUGUUGUUCGACAUUUUUACGACCAACCAAGUUUUCGGCCGAGAUAUACACCUCCUGCUCCUCAACUUGUUCCGAGCUCACUCUGCCGAAGACUCUGCUCAUUUCACUUACAGUAUCUCCGGAAAAGGUUUCAAAUUUGGGGUUUUGUCCAAAAGCAGUUGUUAUACUGCUCAAUUUUCUAGAAAGCUGGUUAUGCUUAAAAACAGUGUAGCUAAGUGAGGUUGUGUAUCAUUGACUCCUCCUGCAGCCAAAUGGAAAUUUUUAGGAGGGCCAUACUGCAACCUGGGCCGCCUGAAACUUUUGCUUUACAAACAGUUCAACAAGUCAUUAAACCUCAGAAACAAACAAAGUUAGCGCAAGAUGAGAAUCAGUUAUUAGAAAAUAUUCUCCGAACUUUGCUUCAGGAACUGGUGUCUUCUGCAGUACAGUCAGGGGAGCCAAUAAUGCAAUAUGGGCAAUCAAUAGAUGAGGGAGAAAGUACCCGGGGUCAUAUUCCGAGUCUUCUCGACAUUGUAUUAUAUCUUUGUGAAAAGGAGCACAUUGAAGGCGGCAUGAUAUUCCAGCUUUUAGAAGACUUAACUGAAAUGUCUACAAUGAGGAACUGCAAAGAUAUCUUUGGUUAUAUAGAGAGUAAACAGGAUGUAUUAGGGAAGGUUGAGCUCUUUGCUCGUGGUAAACUUGUGAUGUUGAGGACAUGCAAUCAACUUCUUCGUCGUCUAUCAAAGGCAACCGACGUGGUCUUCUGUGGACGAAUUCUAAUGUUCCUGGCACAUUUUUUUCCAUUAUCUGAGCGUUCAGCUGUAAAUAUAAAAGGAGUUUUUAACACAUCAAAUGAAACCAAAUAUGAGAAAGACCCCCCUGAUGGCAUUUCCAUUGAUUUCAACUUCUAUAAGACCUUUUGGAGUUUACAGGAACAUUUUUGCAAUCCUGCUUCCAUAAGUCUUGUUCCUAUCAAGUGGCAGAAAUUCUUGUCCAAUUUAUUGGUUGUGCUGAAUACAUUUGAAGCUCAACCUUUAAGUGAUGAAGAGGGAAACGCCAAUAAUUUGGAGGAGGAAGCAGCAACUUUUAGUAUAAAGUAUCUUACUAGCAGUAAACUAAUGGGUUUGGAGUUAAAGGACCCAAGUUUUCGGCGCCAUAUUCUUGUGCAGUGCCUUGUACUGUUCAACUAUCUGAAGGCCCCAGGUAAAACUGAAAAGGAUUUGCCUUCUGAGAGUAUGAAAGAGGAAAUAAAAUCAUACGAGGAGCAUGUUAAAAAGCUGCUUGAGAUGACUCCACCAAAGGGUAAAGAUUUUCUUCAUAAAGUUGAGCAUAUACUCGAACGUGAAAAGAAUUGGGUAUGGUGGAAACGUGAUGGCUGUCCUCCAUUUGAAAAACAACCAGUAGAGAAGAAAGUUGUCCAAGAUGGAGCUAAAAAACGCAGGCCGAGGUGGAGACUUGGAAAUAAAGAGCUCUCUCAAUUAUGGAAAUGGUCAGAUCAGAAUCCGAAUGCUUUAACUGAUCCUCAACGUGUUCAGACUCCCUCAAUAGCAGAAUACUGGAAACCUCUGGCUGAAGAUAUGGAUCCUGCUGCUGGGAUAGAAGCUGAAUAUCACCAUAAAAACAACAGGGUUUAUUGCUGGAAAGGUCUACGUUUUUCAGCUAGACAGGACUUGGAGGGAUUUUCUAAAUUUACAGACCAUGGUGUUGAGGGAGUAGUGCCUAUAGAACUCUUACCACCCGAUUUUCGUUCCAAAUACCAGUCUAAACCAAAUGACAGGUCUAAACGUGCUAAAAAGGAAGAAGCAAAGGGUACUGCACAGCAAGGAGAAGAAAAUCAGAUUGCGACUCCUGCUAGCGAGAAUGAUGAAGGAAUCAGGGGUGAUCUUGAUGCCUCUACAACCCCAAUGGAUGCUGAACCUGAAACCACUGGUGUGACUGACAUGGUGUCCCAAGGUGGCAGUCCAAUGCCCGAUGAACACCAGAAGCAAAGUUCUGACACAGAUGCCGGUCAAGAGAUGGGUCAGUUGGAAGCAGAUUCUGAGGCAGAGGCAGGGAUCAUUGAGGGUGAGGUUGAUUUAGAUGCAGCUUCCUGAGAUGUCAAGAUCAAGCUCGAUUUGGAAGAGAGCGAACUCAUCUUCGUUCCUGGAAUACCAUGCAAACUUUUGCAGGCUGUAAUGCUCCCUUUCCUUAGGAAUCAUAAUCAGCUUAAUGAAACUUUAAUGGCUCAUUUCUUCAAAUCUGCAAAAGUAUUUCUUGUAGGAUCAAUACUUGUUUAUGCCCUUAGUCAUUUCACUUUUGUUCAAUUUUUUUUCCUUUUUAAGUUUUGAAAGCUAAAAAUGAAAAUGAUGACUCUCAACUUUUAGUUGUUACAUUAUAAAAUGCAAGAACUGUGUAAUAAUGGUGUGACAUGUCAUAUUCUUUUAGGAAAAUUUACAAUUUCCACGGGAAAUUGGAUAAACAUUUGAUGUAUAGGGUGAACAAAAAUAAUUACAAAUAUUGAGAUUCCAUCAAUGAUUUGUAAUAUCAAGUAGUGAGAUUUGAGUGUAACUCUUCCAUUUUUAAAUAUUCUUUAGAAGAAA